AUGCAUGUUGGCCAAGCCGGAAACCAAAUAGGCCAUGAAUUCUGGUAGCUUAUGAUGGAUGAAAGUCCUAUAAAGGAAGAUAUAUUUUUCGAUAGAUUUACUAAUCAUGCAAGAGCAGUAUUAGUUGAUUCUGAGCCAAAAGUAAUUAAAAAUAUACAGGAGGACAAAAAAAUAAACUUUAUUUUUGAAGCUAAACAAAUGCAUUGUUCUUAAAAUGGUAGAGGAAAUAAUUGGGCUUUAGGCUAUUCAAAUACUUAUAAAGAGGCCAUAGAAGCCCUCCAAUCAACAAAUGACAAGCCAUUAUAUGAAAGAGCUAUGGAAGCAUUGAGAAGAGAAGUUGAAAGAUCUGAUUUCUUUUUAGGAAUGGUCUUAGUACACUCUCUAGCUGGAGGCACUGGGAGUGGUCUUGGAUCCAGACUGGUUGAAGAAUACAGAGACACUUUUGGCAAAUCAUAUCUAAUGUCAGCUUCAAUUUGGCCUAAUUCAAGCGGAGAAACCCCACUAUAGCAUUACAAUACUUGCUUUUCAUUAUCUCACCUUUAGAAAAAUUCUGAUGCAGUGCUGUUAUUUCAAAAUGAGUAGAUUUUAAAAGUUUUACAUAAACUUGUAGCAAUAAAAAAAGAGGAGACCAUCACAAUGACAAAUCUUAAUGAGAGCAUUGUGAGUGUACUAAAAUAAGUCCUUAUGCCAAGUUAAGGCGAGAAGUUUGAUUUUUCAGAUGUUAUGAGUAUGGCCUGUGUCCCUGUUUAUAAAAUUCUGGAGGGUCACACAAACCCAUUCAUUAUGAAUAAGUAACUAAUGUGUGUUGGUGAUAAACUCUGGAAUGGUGUAUUAGAUGGCUGCAUCAGCUAAAUUCCUACAUAUGACUCUUAAGCAUCAAGUGUUAAAGGCGAUCCGAAUAAAGACAAAUACAAGCAAUCUUCAAGCACUAUUAAAUAAAAGGAUAGAAUUUCUUCAAGUGUUGGAAUUCUUAGUAACGAUAAAGGGUAAUCUUCUUAGAUUUAAGAGUAAAACAAAUAGUUUGAAUAGUGGUUUGAUAAGGAAAUCGCUUCUUAGAAUAAUGGAAGCGAGAUGAAUCAUGCAAAUCAGCUUCCCCAUUAAACAAUAUUUUCUACUGGCUACUUCAAAGGAUUUGAUGCUUCAAAUGAAAUUUCAAGAACCUAGACAACAUUCAAGCAUUAUAAAGAUAAGUUGACACACAAAUUCAAGAGUGUUGCUUGGAACCCUUCAAGUGAAUCUACUACUGUAAGAGUGAUAGAUGAAUCUCCCUUCAAAAGUUAUGAAGCUUUAAGAAGCUGCACAAUACUAGGAAAUAGAACAAGCGUCAGUGUUCCUAUUAGAAAGCUUUUGGACACUUCUUUAUAAAAAUAUAAUGCAAAGGCCUAUUUACAUUGGUAUUAUCAGUAUGGAAUGGAAUAAUAAGAUUUUCUUGAGGCUUUUGACCUUGUUACUGAUGUCUUAGAUGCUUAUGAGAGUGCUUUGUAUUGA